CUCGCAAGUUGAAACCGUUCAAAUUCCCUACAGUACAACUCUGAAUUUUGGUUUCUUCUAUAGAAACAACCUCUUCUCUCUCGAAUUCGGUUGCCUAUAUAUUCAGCUAUCGAAGAAAGAUGCGUGAGAUUCUGCACAUUCAGGGUGGUCAGUGUGGAAACCAGAUCGGCGCUAAGUUCUGGGAAGUAGUGUGCGCCGAGCACGGGAUCGAUUCGACGGGAAGGUACCAGGGGGAGAACGAUUUGCAACUCGAACGAGUCAAUGUGUACUACAACGAAGCGAGUUGCGGGAGGUUCGUCCCACGUGCCGUCCUGAUGGAUCUGGAGCCAGGGACUAUGGACAGUGUCAGAUCCGGCCCGUACGGACAAAUAUUCCGUCCGGAUAACUUCGUGUUCGGUCAGUCCGGCGCCGGUAACAACUGGGCGAAAGGACACUACACGGAAGGCGCUGAGCUAAUCGAUUCGGUUCUCGAUGUCGUACGCAAAGAGGCCGAGAACUGUGACUGCUUGCAAGGAUUCCAAGUCUGUCACUCACUGGGAGGAGGAACUGGGUCUGGAAUGGGAACUUUGCUGAUUUCGAAGAUCAGGGAAGAGUACCCAGACCGGAUGAUGCUGACGUUUUCUGUCUUCCCAUCUCCAAAAGUGUCCGACACUGUUGUUGAGCCUUACAAUGCAACUCUCUCGGUCCAUCAGCUCGUGGAGAACGCAGAUGAGUGUAUGGUUCUUGACAACGAAGCUCUCUAUGACAUUUGCUUCAGAACUCUUAAGCUCACCACUCCAAGCUGGAACUCGACCUCGAUCCAGGAGAUGUUCAGGCGUGUAAGCGAACAGUUCACUGCGAUGUUCAGGAGGAAAGCGUUCUUGCAUUGGUACACAGGUGAAGGAAUGGACGAGAUGGAGUUCACGGAGGCAGAGAGCAACAUGAACGAUUUGGUCUCGGAGUAUCAACAGUACCAGGACGCAACGGCUGAUGAUGAGGAAGGGUAUGAGUACGAAGAAGAUGAGGAGGAAGUGCAGGAGGAGCAA